UCCCCGGGCGUGGGGGCGGGAGGGAGACUCAGCCCCGCGCCCGUGCGCGCGCCCGCGGCCGGGUUGCAGGGCUGGGCGCGUGCCCCGCGUCCCGGGCAGGAAGAUGGUGGCGAGCGCGCGAGUGCAGAAGCUGGUGCGGCGCUACAAGCUGGCGAUUGCCACGGCGCUGGCCAUCCUGCUGCUGCAGGGCCUGGUGGUGUGGAGCUUCAGCGGCCUGGAGGAGGACGAGGCGGGCGAGAAAGGAAGACAGAGGAAACCACGGCCACUGGACCCUGGCGAGGGUUCCAAGGACACAGACAGUUCAGCAGGACGACGGGGCAGUGCAGGCAGAAGGCAUGGGCGCUGGCGGGGCCGUGCUGAGAGCCCAGGAGUGCCUGUGGCCAAGGUGGUACGGGCAGUAACCAGCCGGCAGAGAGCCAGCCGGCGGGUCCCACCUGCCCCACCCCCGGAGGCCCCAGGCCGCCAGAACCUGAGUGGGGCAGCAGCUGGGGAGGCACUGGUAGGGGCAGCCGGCUUCCCACCACACGGAGAUACAGGGAGCGUGGAGGGCGCCCCCAAGCCUACGGACAACGGCUUCACCCCCAAGUGCGAGAUCGUGGGCAAGGAUGCGCUGUCUGCACUGGCCCGGGCCAGCACCAAGCAGUGCCAGCAGGAGAUCGCCAACGUGGUGUGCCUGCACCAGGCCGGGAGCCUCAUGCCCAAGGCUGUGCCCCGGCACUGUCAGCUGACUGGGAAGAUGAGCCCCGGCAUCCAGUGGGAUGAGAGCCGAGCCCAGCAGCCUGUGGAUGGCCCCCCAGUGCGAAUCGCCUACAUGCUGGUGGUUCACGGCCGCGCCAUCCGCCAGCUGAAGCGUCUCCUCAAGGCCGUCUAUCAUGAGCAGCACUUCUUUUACAUCCACGUGGACAAGCGUUCCGACUACCUGCACCGGGAGGUGGUGGAGCUGGCCCAGCACUAUGAUAAUGUGCGGGUGACACCCUGGCGCAUGGUCACCAUCUGGGGCGGGGCCAGCCUCCUAAGGAUGUACCUGCGGAGCAUGCGGGACCUGCUAGAGGUGCCUGGCUGGGCCUGGGACUUCUUCAUCAACCUCAGUGCCACUGACUACCCAACCAGGACCAAUGAGGAACUGGUGGCAUUCCUAUCCAAGAACCGGGACAAGAAUUUCCUCAAGUCACAUGGCCGGGACAACUCCAGGUUCAUCAAGAAACAGGGCCUGGACCGGCUCUUCCAUGAGUGUGACUCGCACAUGUGGCGCCUGGGUGAGCGGCAGAUCCCGGCAGGCAUCGUGGUGGAUGGCGGUUCUGACUGGUUUGUGCUGACACGCGGCUUUGUGGAGUAUGUGGUGUACACAGAUGACCCGCUUGUGGCCCAGCUACGCCAGUUCUACACAUACACACUGCUCCCAGCAGAGUCCUUCUUCCACACGGUGCUGGAGAACAGCCUGGCCUGUGGGACCCUCGUGGACAACAACCUGCGGGUCACCAACUGGAACCGCAAGCUGGGAUGCAAGUGCCAGUACAAGCACAUCGUGGACUGGUGCGGCUGCUCCCCCAAUGACUUCAAGCCACAGGACUUCCUCCGGCUGCAGCAAGUCUCCAGACCCACCUUCUUCGCCCGGAAGUUCGAGUCGACUGUGAACCAGGAGGUACUGGAAAUCCUGGACUUCCACCUGUACGGCAGCUACCCCCCCGGCACGCCAGCCCUCAAGGCCUACUGGGAGAACACCUACGAUGUGGCUGAUGGCCCCAGUGGGCUCAGUGAUGUCAUGCUCACCGCUUACACGGCCUUCGCCCGCCUCAGCCUGCACCAUGCUGCCACUGCUGCACCCCCACUGGGCACCCCACUCUGCAGGUUUGAGCCCAGGGGCUUGCCGUCCAGCGUGCACCUGUAUUUCUAUGACGACCAUUUCCAGGGCUACCUGGUGACGCAGGCGGUGCAGCCCUCAGCCCAGGGGCCGGCAGAGACGCUUGAGAUGUGGCUGAUGCCCCAGGGGUUGCUGAAGCUGUUGGGGCGCAGUGACCAGGCCAGCCGGCUCCAGAGUCUGGAGGUUGGCACUGACUGGGACCCCAAAGAGCGUCUUUUCCGUAACUUUGGGGGGUUAUUGGGGCCGCUGGACGAGCCUGUGGCCGUGCAGCGCUGGGCCCGGGGCCCCAACCUCACAGCCACAGUCGUCUGGAUCGAUCCAACCUAUGUGGUGGCCACAUCUUAUGACAUCACAGUAGAUACGGACACCGAGGUCACGCAAUACAAGCCCCCACUGAGCCGGCCCCUGCGGCCAGGGCCCUGGACUGUUCGACUCCUUCAGUUCUGGGAACCGCUGGGUGAGACCCGCUUCCUUGUGCUGCCCUUGACCUUCAACCGCAAACUACCUCUCAGGAAAGAUGAUGCCAGCUGGCUGCAUGCGGGACCCCCCCACAACGAGUACAUGGAGCAGAGUUUCCAGGGCCUGAGUAGCAUCCUGAACCUGCCUCUGCCAGAGCUCGCAGAGGAGGCUGCCCAGCGGCACACACAGCUCACAGGCCCUGCACUCGAGGCCUGGACAGACAGGGAACUGAGCAACUUCUGGUCUGUGGCCGGACUGUGUGCCAUAGGCCCCUCUGCUUGCCCCUCCCUGGAGCCCUGCAGACUGACCAGCUGGAGCUCUCUGUCCCCCGACCCCAAAUCAGAGCUGGGGCCUGUCAAAGCAGACGGGCGACUCAGGUAGCAGGGCCCCAGCUAGGACCCGUGGAGAACCGCGGGAAUUGCACCUUACAGACAAUGGAGGGGUCUCCCCUCCCACAGGCAAGAACCAGAGGCCCAGGCUGCACACCCAUUUCAGCCAUCAAGAACCCACACAGAUGACAGGGUGGACACAGUAUGAACUACUGCUGAUGUCUCUGCUGGGGAUCAGAGGGCUGGCGGGAACGUGAGAGGGGUGCCCGCAGCAUUCCACACCCAGCUCUUCCUCGCCUUCCUCUCUCGUUUGUAUUUUUUUUUUUUUUUUUAACUUAAAAAGGAAAAUGGGUGGUGGGGGGAGAAACUAGAGCAGAAGAUGUGCAAUAGGGCUCAGAGCAGCCCCAGGAAGCGGGCCAUGUCUGUGGGGAGCAGGGGCCUGCUGAGCCCACCUGCUAUUGUUCUGGAUGAGGCUGGGCCUGCCUCACUCUCCAGGGCCUCGUCCCCCAGCGUGGGCCUGUGGUGCUCGUGGCUGAGGCUCCACGGGGGUGCAAGUGCCCUGCCAGGCUCUAAGGCCUGAAGAAUUGGUGAUAUGGGGGGGCACUGCAGAGCUGGGCUCUAGCAGGACAGUUAUUUUGUAGCCAGGGGACCCUGGAAGUGGGGUGGGGCUGGCUCCAGGGCUUUCCAGCAUACCCUGCCCCUGGAUGGGAAAGGCAGGGUCAGGGCCCACUGAGAGCCAUGCAGAGUUUCCCAGGUGAGCACUGGAAGUGUGAGGUCACACGAGCAGGGUGGGAAGAAGACUCUGUCAAGACUCUCAGAAGAACCUGGAGUAAUUGUGCCUGAAGCUCAGCGUGAAGUCUGAAAUAUGCAACAGAAGAAAUAUAUCUCUAUCUCUCUA